AUGGUUAGAGUACGUAUAAAAUGUGACGCACCUUCAUUCACUCCCGAUGAUUAUACUUACAUUAUGCAAUGUCGUGAUAUAAAGCCAAGAUACAAAAUUUUAAAAGAAUUAUUGGAUAAAUAUAAAACAUCAUCAAAACGUAUUUAUCAAAUUUGGAGGGGAGAAGAAGCUAAUAGAGUUCUUUGGGACCAACCUAUACCCCACUUAUAUGAUGGUGACGACUCUAAUAUUAUGGAAUCGAUAUCAUCAGCAAAGACUAACUGGGAAAACAAAGUUAGUAUAAAUGAUGCAAUUCACUCUGAAGUUUUACCAGAUAAAUUAGCAGAGAUGGCAAAACCAAAAAUUCAAAAUUCUACUUCCUUGCAUUCAGUAAAAAAAAGUGACUCUUCCAUAGACAAUACAUCUAGGAUAAAAUCCGAUCUUGAAAAAUUAAUGAAAGAUACUGAAAGAUUAGCUCCUAUAUGCCCGUCUUUGCCUCAGUAA